CUCCCCAACCCACAAAAAUGGCAGACAAAACAGCAGCCGCAGAAGCACCACUGCCACCAGGAGGCCCAAAAGCAGCACUUGUCAAAGCAAAAGUCAUUUCAGGGUUAUUGACAAUGCUGUCUUUCAUUCUGUCGCUUCCAGUUCUCGCCUCAGUCAUAUGGCUUCUCUACAUGAGAGAAUCUGACUGCGAGAGCCUCUUGAGGCUGCCACAGCUUCAGUUUGGGAUCGGCAUUGCGUUGAUCUUCAUGUUCAUCAUUUGCAUUGCCUCCUUGGUGCUAAGUCGGCGGUUUCCGAUGCCGGGUUUCCUCCUGGUUAUGGUGCCGCUGCUGGUGAUGCUUGUCGUUGGAUUGGCUCUCGUGGGGGCUUAUGAUUUGGAGAGUAGAAGAAUUCCUGCUUCACCUAAAUGGUUGAGGUCGAAGGUUACAGAUCCUCUGAAUUGGAAUUAUAUCAAAACCUGCAUUUAUGAGACAAAAAUUUGUGAUGAUUUGUUUUCAAGAUCAAUCAGCUCCAAAUCUUAUGAUUUUAGUAUGAGCAAGUUAUCUUCCAUCGAGGCGGGAUGUUGCAAGCCACCAUCGGUCUGUCAGAUGGAGUUCGUGAACGCAACGUUUUGGAGGAAAAAUGAAGCAACCAUGAACGAUUCAUCAGCUCCAUGUUAUUCAGAUUGCGAUAUUUGGGGAAAUGACAGAACCAUUUUGUGCUACAGUUGCCAAGCCUGCAAAGACGGUUUUCUCUCAACCUUGAGAAGCAAGUGGUGGAAGUUUGGCCUCUUCCUCGUUUUAAUUGCUUUAUUGCUCAUUGUUUCUCAUUUGUUGCUCUUUAUUGCCACCAUGUUGGAGCGUUUUGCCGUCUAGGCAAAGUUAGAACUAGAAGGCAAGCUCUGUUUUGUUUCUUUUUUGGGAUAGUGUUCCUUUUCUUUUCUGUUUUUUAUUUUUGUUUGUAAAGGGCUAGGUUUUACUUUGAUUAAUAAAAG